AUUCGUGUCUUUUUUUUCUCCUAAGCAAUCUUAAGAGAAACAUCUCAGGCAAAGUUGAUGCCAAAAAAAAACCUCCAUGGAUAUAACAACAACGAUGAGUUAAAACCUCCUCUUCUGGAUUAUGGAUUUCCUCUCUUCACCGUAACUGCUAUGACAUCAAGACAUGGAAAUAAAGCGUGGCACAGUGCGUCAGCAGGUCUUCAGUCAUCACCGAGCGAUCCUCUCUCCUUGGCCUGAAGGAAACUCCUGAAGAGCCGGUGCAGAGAUGCCAGCUCACCUCCUGUUUCCUCUUCCCUGGCUCGGCAGCUCGGUCGUGACACUUUGUACAGGUCACUGAUGAAAUAACCGCCUCUCCACGCACGGGCCGCACCCCUGGGGAGUUUAGCCUUCCUAUAACCUCUCCGCUAGGCACUCGGAUGCAGAUCACAGAACACUGCUCAACUCAGUCUUCAUCAUGGCAAGUGUGUGGAUGCUGCUGCUACUUUUGAAGAGUUUUUUUAUGUGUGGUCUGUCCUUGGAUACCAAACUGAUCAAAGUGUACCCUAAACAGCCUAUCCUUGGCGUAUUUCAAGCUUACCUGGGAAAACAAUACGAAUUAAACGCAUCUGCAGCCCGAGAUGUUUGCGAGUAUCUGGGUGUGACUAUUGCAAGCAAAGCCCAAGUGGUGGAUGCCCAGAAACAUGGUUUCGAAACAUGCAUGUUUGGGUGGAUAGAUGAACAAAUUGCUGUUGUCCCACGAGUUCAGGUUAAUUCAAAAUGUGGCAGAGGUGAAGUCGGGGUUGUCGUGUGGCGGGCAGAUGUCAGUAGGACGUUCGAUGUCUUUUGCUUCAAUUUAACAGAUUUUGAGAUCCAAAAUCAGGCCAUGACCGGAGACCAAAGGAGCACAGAGAAGCCAAUAACAACCACUCUGAAAGCAUCAACAUCAUCUCCACUCAGUUCUUUUUCUAUUCCUCCCGCCCUCUCUCACAACCCCGACCCUGAUGACAUAGAAGUAGAGAAACAUUUGCCUAUAAGUGGUACUCCGGCCUCAGUUGGAGUUGCACCAGUUGCAAUAUUGAUCACCGUCACCUUUGCUGUCCUAUUGGCUGUAUUUCUUGCAGUUUAUAAUUUCAAAAUGAACAGAAGCUGCCGGAUGUUCCGUGAUGCUGAGCGGCGACAGGAGGACAUUGAGACAGAGGUUUGGGAGGACUGCAGUAAAAAAGACCUACAGAAGACACAGGAAGAGAAUGUGCACGAGAAAGAAGAAGAAAACAACAACAUCAACAGCAGCAGUUCUCUUGACCAAGACUGAAAGUAGUGCUUUUCUCGCUAUUUAACAAAACAUGGAUGUGUGGAGUGUUACCAGUGUGUGCCAGAAUGCUGAAGUUCUGUAACAAAUUGGCACAGAUGUGUUUAUUUAUAUGUGAGCUGUGAUUGAUGUAUUAUUUACCUGAAACCUUUUUAUAGUUUUGCUGUUUUUUAGAUGUUUAAUAAUUCAGAAAUCCACAAUAAAUUUCAGUGUUGUUUUUCUCAAGAAUGGAUGCAUGGAUGAUUUUUCAAACUUAUCGAGUACUCAAAAUAUAAAAUGCAAAAAUGUCUCUGGUGUCAAUGUUGGGGAGACUACAGAUGGUUGCAACUCCACCAAAGGUUGACAUCUGUGCUUUAUCACUUUAAUAAAAAACUUUUGUAAAAACUAAAUGUUUUCAUGGUAAGGCUGACAUGUGCAUGGAAUUGCCCAUUAAUAGUGAAUUUAAUGUCAAUGUUAUGGACAGGAUGACAAUAUUUCUGUUAGUUAUUUAGAGAACAUAUUUGAAUUGGAUUAAAAUUUUAUAGAUUCAACUCUCUAAUGUUUAAACAAAGAAUUUAC